GAAGCAAUUUCAAAGCGAUUUUAUUAUAAUGCUUCUGUUUACGUGCCUGGUGCUGUAGGAUUUUGGCCACUGAAUUGGCUGUAUAAGUUGGAAGACGUAUCCGGCAACAACAAUGAUGCUAAUUCUAGUAAUGUAGAAUUGGUGAAGGCUUAUGAGGCAAAAGGGAGACCUUGCGGAGCGUAUAAAUUCUUUGGUGUCGCCAACUCGUGGGUACAUUAUCCAAACAAUGGUGCUUUCGAUACUGUAAAAUCAAUCACUAUCAUGGCAUGGGUUUGUCCAUAUGGUAAUGCAGGUCCCGUAUUCCACUAUAACCCUUCCGGCAAUGGUGUUCAAAUGUGGCAGUGGGCUAGUGAUCAGGCACCAGGGGAGUUAUAUGGACGUGUCAGGUUCAACAAACGCGACGGAACAAUAGUAGCGCCAUCAGACAAACAUAUACCAGCUAUGCAUGAAUGGUAUCAUUGUGCGGUCACAUAUGAUUUUGACAGUAAUUUUGGAUCCAUGUACUUGAAUGGGGAAUUCACAGCACUGGGGGUUAUGCCUGCAGGAGAAAUAGCGACUCAAUUUGAUGCACAAAGCGGCGCAGUACCAAAUGCUCCAUUACCAAAUGGUGGUAUAUACUUUGAUGGUUUAAUAACUUGCGUGCAAGUAUACGAUGUGGCGUUGACAGAGGAACAAAUUAGGAAGGCUGCUUACGACGAACGAUGCGUGUGCCCAG